AUGGCUACUUUGAUGGAAAGGAAAUUGACCGUGGAAAUCAAACCCCAAUCACCUGUGGACAUAAAAUCGGAAGAAAUGCUAGGUACUUCCAACAAAAGGAGGCCCCUUGCCUCCAGAUCCAACUCCAAAGAUAGGGAUAGGGAUAGCCUACUCGAAGACUACAACAACACAAGGUUCAUACAGCUGAACAUCAAUGGUUUGAACGUACCUGAACGAAAGACCCAACUGGUACAGCUACUACAAAGGAAGCAGUAUGAUGCCGUUUUUCUCCAAGAGUCCAAGCUCGGUUCAAGGAAUAAAGACCCUAUCAUCAAUGAUUAUACUUUGAUCAGAUUAAACAGACCUAAUGCUCUCAACCAUCGAAGUGGUGGGGGUCUGGCCAUCUACAUCAAAAAUGGUAUAUCCCAUAGUGAGGUUCCUCUGAAAACCAUCGCUCCUCUGGAGGCACAGGCGGUAUCCUUUACCGACAAGUCAAAGGUUUUUUCUAUCGUUAAUAUUUAUCGACCCGAAGUCAAAGGCAAACCUCAACGAUUCAGUGAAUAUCAGUAUGUUUACGAUCAGUUGCCCGGGACCGACAAUAUUGUGCUUGGUGAUUUUAACGCCAAACACGUAUUGUGGGGCUCGCCAACAACUGACACUAAUGGUAGACAAGUUGCUGAGUUCAUUGAGGCCAAUGACCUGGUUAGCAUAAAUGAUGGUAGCAUUACUUAUGUUGGUGCAAUUGCUCCUCUUGGUUCGCAUCUCGAUCUCACAUUA